UCGAACCCCUGCUCCCUACGGACCCUACGACAGCCUAAGAACUGUUACAAAUACACAGGUCACGGGUCCAACUCUCGGGGUCGACACAGAUACUGUACACAGGUAAGGAUAUUGGCCAAUCGGCAGUCUGCUGCGAGGUCAAAGGAGCGCAAGUUGAAGUACAUAUCGGAAUUGGAGAGAAGGGUUUUAACUUUACAGACGGAGGCAACUACGCUAUCAGCUCAGUUGACUAUGCUGCAAAGAGACACACAUGGACUGUCAAGUGAGAAUACAGAGCUGAAGCAUAGACUGCGGCAAAUGGAGCACCAGGCGCAACUUCGUGACGCAUUGAACGAGGCAUUGAGAGAACGAAGUGUCCGGAUGGAGAAUGCAAUCUCGCUGUUGUUCACAGGCAACAAUAGCGAUGCUGCUGUAGCGUUCAACGAGGCACUGAGAGACGAAGUGCAGCGGCUGAAGAUGGCAACAGCCCAAGGAGCAGCAACUGUUGCGGGUGUAGGCUCGCAAGGGUCACAAGGGCUGUCAAACUCGACUGAUCCUGCCUCGAUCGCUCUUGGCGCCCACUUGUCGGUGGCACACCCGCAUCUCCAUCUCUCUUCCCAUGCUAUUCAGCAUCAGCUGCAGCAACAUAUCCACCAGCAGCAGCAACAACAGCAGCACCAACAACAGCACCAACAACAUGCGCCACAUCAUCAUCAUGCGGCCCCACAAGAGCAUCUUGCAGCACCGGAGCAGGGACCAAUGGUAAUGCAAAACAGCUCAUCGCAUUUGUCAUCCAACCACCAUCAUCACCACCACCAGCAGCAGCCAGCAACAUCACUGCCGACAGUGCAGUCGAUCAAGAAGGAGCAGGCGGAAUUUCUCGCUGUUCAUGCUGCCAGCUUUGGUACGCUCGCAGCGCUCUCUGGAAGCUCGUUCAUGAAACCUGACGACACGGCCGCGGUCCCGGUCCCUCAGGGCUCAGGUUCAUAUGGGUAAGACUGUGAUGGGCUGCAACUGCCAGCAACUAAACCAAGGAUAGAAAGGAUUCGGUGCUUGGUUCGUUGGACAGGUCUGCAUGCCGUGAGAGCGUGCUCGUCUCUUUUGCCACAAGUGCCGCAGCUGCAGUGUAGAUUGCGGACGGGGAGGGAUUGUUGCUGAGGCUUCAGCAAUGCACAGCCAGGUUGUAGCCCAAGGUGAGUGUGUUUCUCUCUUUUGCUUGCCUCAACUGCUGCAGAAUAGGUAAGGGGUGGCUAAAGAUUGGUAAUGAGGCUUGAGCCAUGUGCAGUCAGGCAGGCUAUACGUAUAUAUAGUCCAAGGUGAGUGGUUGUGGUUGAUGUUGUUUCGAUUUGCAGCAAUUUUCAUGGCCAAGGAUGGCAGGUAUCUACAGGUAGGGCUCUAAGCGAAGGUAAGAGCUAGUGGAGGAAGGAAGCUUAGAGGACCUUCACAUCAUAAGGGGAAGAGGGGGCCGGGGGGCGCGGGCGGGCGGGCGGGCUGGGAGAGUCUUCUAGAUAGACAUCUUGGUAAAAAAUUCAAGUUUUGGGCACCGUUGGUUGGUGUCCAAUUCGUUCAUCGCUUGACCUUAUUUGCAAUCAAUCAAUUGAUGUAGAGGAAUUGUCAUUUAGUGGAUCGAGGGUGUUGUAAGUAUAUGCCCAGCUUCGAUCAGGGGGUAUAUAUGUAAUUCCCCUGUUUCGGCAUAUAGAAGGUAGAUGUGUAUUGUUAAACAGCACAUGCAGCCUGUGAAAAUCGCAUUCGCUCACUUGGUUGGCCAUGGUUGCCUUGGAGAAAGGCGUAUGCUCUUUCCCGAAGACAAUAUCGAUGCCAGUUUUUGAGGAAGUAACAACCUAUAUCCAAUGUUGGUUGGUCCCUUUUGCUCCUGGGCAAAGGGCCUUGUACCCGUUUCCACCAGGCGAGAGCAAUUGGCUGGUAUCAAAAACCAUCAAUAACAUAUAUGGACUGUUUCACAAAAGGAAGAUUUUGCUGAAAUGUUAUGGUGGUGGUAUGUUGAGUCCACCAAGGCUUUACCCCGGUUUUCGACGUUGCAGAGGUUCUCUCUUUCCCUCCCUCUCUCUAUAUAUAUAUAUUUCGUUUCUUCAGUUUUUUGCAGUAAGGCGAUCGUCGUACAUCCUCAGUGGCUGUUGAUUCAAUGCGGGCAGAAGGUCGUCGGAAACUCGCUGCUCCUACAAUUUCUCAUGCCCUGGGUCAGAAACAUACCUACCUGCGCUCUGUGCCUCGCUUCUGUGCCCUUACUGUCCCGCCAGCUCGUACCCUGACACGCACUGUUGUGCCAUACGGUGCACUUCUAUUCUCCCGCGGCCCAUGUAGUCCCCUCUCUUCCUCUGUUUCAGGCUGUUUGUACAUGCCCUUCUCUGUCUGGCUUUUGGUGCGGUGCCCUACGACGUGGAUUGUACAUAGAUCCAUUCCGGGUUUGUUUGCCUCCGUUUACCCCUAUAACAGUUCUCUUUAUUCCGUCCCAACCCCCUCACUAAGGCAUAUGCCCUA